AAAAUCGAACGCCGUCAAGUCUUUUGAUUUAAAAUUCUCCCCGAACCAUUAGGUUCGGCUCCACACCUCAGGCUAGACUCCUCUACGGUUUAUAUAUUCCCAUCAUAAAACCCUAUAUUGCCUACUUAUACACACAUACACAUUCACUUCGAUACUUUUCGGACACCGUAAGAAUCGGAGACAAAGAAUCCUUCUUUUUAGGGUAUUGGUCGGGAAAUUUUUUAGCAAUGGCGGAGGAAUCAGAGAGCAAGCAAUCGGCGGUGGGGUCGGUGAUAGAGAAGAUCAGCGAGAAGAUUCACGGCCAUGAUUCAUCUUCGUCUUCAGAUUCGGAUUCGGAUCAUAAGAAACCGGCCUCCCCAUCCUCCGUUAAGGCUAAGAUUUAUCGGUUGUUCGGAAGAGAAAGGCCCGUUCACCAUGUUCUUGGUGGUGGAAAACCUGCUGAUGUGUUUUUAUGGAGGAAAAAGAAGAUUUCAGCUGGCGUGCUUGGUGGAGCAACUGCAAUCUGGGUCCUUUUUGAAUUGGUUGAAUACCACCUACUUACUCUAGUCUGUCACAUUUCCAUACUCUGUCUUGCAGUAAUGUUCUUGUGGUCCAAUGCUCAUACCUUUAUCCACAAGACUACACCUCGCAUCCCAGAAGUUCAUUUACCAGAGGAGCCAUUCCUCCAAGUUGCAUCUGCUCUGACAAUUGAACUUAACCAGGCAUUGAAGCUGCUGCGAGAUAUUGCAUCUGGAAGAGAUCUGAAGAAGUUUCUUAUGGUUAUAGCUGCUUUCUGGAUCCUGUCAAUUGUGGGGAGUUGGUGCAACUUCUUGACCUUGUUCUACAUAUCUUUUGUUUUGCUGCAUACGGUGCCUGUUAUAUAUGAGAAGUACGAGGACAAGGUUGACCCAUUUGCGGAGAAGGUGAUGAUUGAGAUAAAAAAGCAAUAUACAGUUUUUGAUGCCAAGGUUCUGAGUAAAAUUCCAAAAGGUCCCUUGAAGACCAAGAAGGUUUAGAGAGCUCAGGUGUUUAGUCUCCAGCAACUUUUGGUUAGUUAUGGGGUUUCCAGGGUUUGGUUGUGUUCUAUAUUCACAUUAGAAAGAGGCAUUUCUUCCUCAAUCAACAGUUCUCUAAUGUUUGGGUUUGCAAUUCAAAAUAUCAUCAUUAAAAGCAAUCAGUUGUUAGCAAUAGGCCGAGCUUGCAGAUGGCACCAUGAGGUGAUGAUUUUAUUAUAUAACUUUGUUUCAUUUGGAUAACAAUCAGCUUUUUAUAUAUGGUUGCCACCUGAUUUUGUACUGUUAA